AUGAAGAUAAUUUCUAAAUCAGUAGAGCAGUCCUAUCUAAGACCUUGUGUGAGCCCGAUUGUGGGCCUACCCGGAGCUCACUUCCAUACUGAACUUAUGUCCGUCACUAACAAACACACAGAUGCUCCAGAUUAUUUAAGACAGUUGGCUCUAGAAGUAAUAGAUGGCAUCCCGAGUGAUGCCAUUUUGAUUUACACAGAUGGCAGUAAAGAUGAAUUGAAUAACACUGGGAGUGGUGUCUUUAUCGAAAGUCUUUCUGUUCAGCUUUCCAGACGCAACCCGGAUAACUGUUCGGUAUUCAGAAGUGAAUUAAUCGCCAUAAAUGAAGGAUUAAAUACUAUCCUUCACGACACUAAAUAUGGUGAUAUUUGGAUCCUUACUGAUAGUCGGAGCUCGAUUCAAUACCUACAGAACUGGAGCAGUGUGUGCGACCUUGUGGGUAUUCAGAUUAUCACCCAUCUCAAAAAUCUAACCAAGGGAAAGGAAGUCCACUUUCAGUGGAUUCCCUCUCAUGUAAACAUCCAUGGCAAUGAAGCCGCAGACAUCUUGGCUAAAAGAGGUUGUUCAGAGUUGCCCAACAAGGACUUCACAUUAACUUAUAAGGAAAUUUUCUCUAUGAAGAAACAAGGAGACAGGCAAGUCUGGAUCACCCCUCCCGCCCAUCCCUGGUACUGCAGGAAGACCCCGGGAGGCUCGUUAGAUUUUCGAGGGUGA